CGGCGAAGACGAGAGCAAUUGAAACCUCCUCCGCCGCAAUUGGCUUCUGAAACCCGGUCACAUCUCAGUCUCUAGCCUGUCUCUACUGGCCCUCCAUACCCCAGUCCGAAUAAAACCACAUUCCGCAACAAUGCCCACACCCGAGUCCGCCGCCUUCCUCGCCAAAAAGCCCACGGUGCCACCGACCUACGAUGGCGUGAACUUCGAAGACACAGAGGCCGUUCACAACGCCCGUGAUGCCAUUAUCCGUGAACAGUGGGUGCGCAGCAUGAUGGCCAGACUAGUCGGUGAAGAACUGGGCAAGUGUUAUCGGAGAGAAGGCGUGAACCAUCUGGAGAAAUGCGGCAAAUUGAGAGAUAAAUAUUUCGAAUUGAUCGACGAACGCAAGAUCAAGGGCUACUUGUUCGAGGAGAAGAACUACUUUUCGAAAGAGGGAGACAAGUCCUCGUGAUUAUCUGCUGCUGUGGGUUUUAUGUGAACGGGGGCUGCGUCUGUGUAUUUCUACUAGAGGCGGAAAAAAGAAAUUCUCACAAGCAUCGAUGAAUAGAGAUGGAUUUACCCACUUUGUCUGCGACUUGCGGUUCCUAUAACAGUUCAGAGGCUAGCUGGAUGUACGAGCGGACAUUACAUUACUUUUCUUUUCUUUUUUUUUUUUUUUCGAUCUAUGACGGCAUAGGAAUCGUCUUCGACCACGAUUCUUGCGCUCUACUGGUGUCGUGUGGUGCAUUGAUGGGGUGAGAUUCACUUGCAUAGAAGUUGGCAAUGAUUCGGGAUUGAAUAUCCGCGCGAUAUUAUGUGUAUAUAAGAUUUUACUGGUUCUUGGGCGUACUUGCUUUUCAUAGC